CACCUGCUCUUCCUCCUCCUCCUCCUCGUCUCGCCACAGGGGCUCGCGGAGGUGGCCGAGCCCAUGCCGUGAGGCCGCUCGGACCCUCGUGGCUGUGGCUGAGCCCAUGGAUUCGGCCCGGGACUGGUAGGAGCUACAGCACCGGGGGGGUCAGCGGCCGGUGCCGGGGAGGAGGGAAGGUCAGGACAGGGCAGAGGGAGCCAUCCCGGAGCCAUGCCGCUGCAGACGGAGAUCCUGCGGGAGGUCUGGGCUGCCGACAGCCCCAGCGAGGAGCCAGGGAGCCCCCAGCAGCACAAGCCCAAGCAGGGGCAGAAGCUGAAGAAGAAGCGGCAGGAGCCUGUGCCGGAGCCUGAGGCGAAGCCCCGGCGGCUGCGGGUGAAGAAGCCGGCUGAGGCGGGGGCUGCGGAGGACCCCGGUGCCCCGGCACAGGGGGUGAAGAAGCUGAGGAAGAAGAAGGAGGAGAAGGGGGAGGAGGAGAGCGACAAGGACCCCUAUUCCAAAUUAACCCGGGAGCCUCGGAAGAAGAAGGAGAGCCCGGCUGCCCACUCCCGCGUGGCCAAGGGCCCCAAGAAGCAGCAAGAGCCAGCUGAGGACUCGGAGGAUGACGAGGAGGAAGAGGAGGUGGAGAAUAAAGACCCGCCAAAAAAGCUCAAGAAGAAGCUGCCCAAAGAGCCCCCCUCGGGUGAGAGCCGGGAGAAGAAGCUGAAGCCGAAGGGAGACAGGAGCGACCCUGACAGCAAAGCCAAAUCUGCCAAAAGCACCAAGAAGGAGCCGAUGUCCGUGUUCCAGGUGAAUGGAGAGAAGAAGGAGAAGAAAAGCAAGAAGAAAGCCGCCACUGGCAGCGAUGAGGAGGACGAUUCCGACUCCAGCACCAAACCCAUCAGGUCAGAGAAGAAGAAAAACCCAGCAUCUCUCUUCCAGACUGGCGGGGACCCCCCGAAGGAGAAGAAAACCAAAAAGAAAGCUCCUCCCAAAGCGGCCGAGAGCGAGGAGGAGACCCCAGACACCCCGCAGAAAAACUCCAACAAGAAGGGGAAAGGGAAGAAAUUAAAGAAGACAAAGGAGGAAAGGCCCCCGUCGCCCGUCAUCGAGGUGGACAACCUGGAGGAGUUUGUGCUGCGGCCGGCGCCGCAGGGGGUGACCAUCAAGUGCCGGGUGACUCGGGACAAGAAGGGGAUGGACCGGGGGCUUUACCCCACCUAUUACCUCCACUUGGAUAAUGACAAGAAGGUGUUCCUCCUCGCCGGGAGGAAGCGUAAGAAGAGCAAAACCUCCAACUACCUCAUCUCCAUCGACCCCACCGACCUGUCACGGGGGGGAGAGAACUUCAUCGGGAAGCUGAGAUCCAACCUGAUGGGUACAAAGUUCACGGUGUUCGACAACGGCGCGAACCCCGACAGGGCCAACGCUGACUGGUCCAACGUGCGGCAGGAGCUCUCGGCCGUGGUCUACGAGACCAACGUUUUAGGGUUCAAAGGCCCCCGGAAGAUGACGGUCAUCAUCCCCGGGAUGAAUGCCGACAGCGAGAGGGUGCCCAUCCGGCCCCGAAAUGAUAACGACGGCCUCCUGAUGCGAUGGCAGAACAAAAACAUGGACAACGUGAUUGAGCUGCACAACAAGGCGCCGGUGUGGAACGACGAGACCCAGUCCUACGUCCUCAAUUUCCACGGCCGGGUCACGCACGCCUCCGUCAAAAACUUCCAGAUCGUGCACGGCAGCGACCCCGACUACAUCGUGAUGCAAUUCGGGCGCGUGGCGGACGACGCUUUCACCAUGGACUACAACUACCCGCUCUGUGCCGUGCAGGCCUUCGCCAUCGCCCUCUCCAGCUUCGACGGGAAGCUGGCCUGCGAGUAGCACCCGUGCCAGGGCUGCCGGGGCUGCCGGGGCCGCAUGCUGGGGCUGUGCACCGGUGCCCGGUGGAUGCUCCUGCAUCCCCAUCCUGCUCCUGCAUCCCCAUCCUAUCCCUCUGUUUCCCCCUUCUGCCUGGUGAACGCUCACGGUUACAGCUGCUCCUGGGGUGGCUCGAGGUGCACGGUGCCCACAGAGUGCCAUGGGACGCUCAUCCAGCCGUGGCCACCCUCUCCGGGCAAAUCUGGGACAGAUCACUGGUCUGGGGCAGAUGGCAGCGUCAGGCCCGGGGUAUAUUUAGCAGAUGAGGCUGACUGCAAUCCCGAUCUCAUCCCUUUGAGAUGUUUCUUGGACUCGGAUCCUGGAAACUCAUCCCUCUUUUUCUUUUUUUCUUUUUUUUUUUUUUUUUUUUUAGAUUCUGGUUUGUAUUUUGUAGCUCCAUCUCUCAGUGAGAGGGGGGUUGGUGGUCUCCUCGUUCAUGUUUCCUCAUCCUAUAAGUGCGUACAGAGCCCACAUGUGGCCGGGCUCUGCCCAAGCUCCCAGCGAGGGACCUCCUGCCCGGGUCAAUGCCCACCGGGCACCAAACCCCGGGUUUGCCCCAUUUUUGCCCUGGCACCAGCAGCUGUGGGGUGCCCGCGGUGUCUUUGCACACCUCGGGCUCUCCACCGGUUGGGUCUAACCCCACUGCCUGGAAACCCUUUGGGGAUUUAGGUCCCUGAGGAGCACCCUGGCACCCAGAGCACUGGUGGCACGUGGGCACGUGCCGAGGGAAGCUGGUGCCGGCGGAGGAGGGCCGGCAGCCACGUGAGGCAAAGCUGGCAUCACCGGCACGGGGCCGGGCUGGGUCGGUGCUGCCAAGAGGGACCUGGAAGGGAAAACUCUGGGUGCACCAGGAAGCGCUGGGGUGACUCACAAGGUGUGGUACGGUGCUGAGUCACGCUCAGUGCCCAGACGGGCCUCGCCGAGCCCCCCGUGCCCCCGCCUCUCACCGCCCCGGCACUCUGCGGCAUCCCUCCGGACCCCACCGGGCUGGUGGUCCCACGGAGCCCCGCACGCCCCGGGCGUCCCCGCUGCCGGGACUGGCCCCGCUGGUGCUCCGUGCCGAUGGGGAGGUGGCAGACGGGAGGUGCGACCCCAUGGCACAGACCCGUGGGGUGUCACGGGGAGCUCCGGGGAGUCAUUGGGAAGGGGAGAUGCUGGAGAGGGGCAGCUCGGGGGCACCAGGGUAGCCUGUGCCCCCAUUUCCAGCACAAGCCCACCUUUGUGGGGUGAGGCUUUGGCUGCAUGGACAGGCCCAAAUCUGAUUAAUUCAGUGGUGAGAAAUACAGGGACAUGCCAAGGUGCUUUGAAACACCGUCUUCGACUCCCCGAUAAUGUUUCUCACUUGCUCAGCUCAUGCAGUGACCCCGGGGGGGGGCUGAGACAAUUUGGGGUCCCCUUCCCGGGUCACAUACAGGUCUUUCCCCCAUUCAGGGGGUGAUUUGAGCCCCCCCAGUUUAACGCUGUGAGAGGUAGCCGGGGCAGAAAGGCCGAGGAGCAUGAGACGGAUGAGGCAGAUGCGGUUGUGUAAGAGGGAUGCUCAUCCUUGCUGGGCAGUGUCGCAACACCGCCGCAGCCCGAACCCAUCCCUGCGUGGGGCUGGGGACAGAUAACAGUGACAGUGGGACCACGAGCUGGGACCACUGGCAAACAUCUGCCCCAGUGGCUUUGCAGACAGAGCCGAGGUUUUCCCACCAGCUGCACGAAUCCGGGCUCCGUGAUUCAUCGGCAAACGCUUGUGACGGGGGCAGACGGAGGCGAACAGCUCGGGGACAACGGGCUGGCGUGGGACAUCGUCCCUUACCCACGCGGUGAGAUCAGAGACCUUCUUGUGAGCUAAAGGGAGAACAGCCACCGCGGUUCGGGGCCAGCAUCCCCUGGCUAGGUAUGGCCAGCAAAUGUGGGGAAAGCGAGAGCUUUCUGCCCAAAUCCAGCCACGAACCCAACAUCUGUUUGAAAUCGGGAAAAGCUCAGCUAACGGUUGAGCUAACGCUUGUUCCCAUUUCCUCCAGUGGAAGCAGAAAAGCCAAAGCACGGUGAGAGAGAGGGGUUUUGGUUCCCCAAGCCCUCACUGGAGCACCAUCUCCCAUUAUCCCAGCUGCUCCCCAGGGAGUUUCUCCCUCCCCUCACCCAAAAAGUCUCCAUGUUGCCUGUUGCUUGCAAACCCCUCGUGAUUCCCAGCCUGCAGCCCAAGCGGAGCAAAAAGUCUGCCACGGGUAUCCAAUGCAAUGCCACCCCAUCCCAGAAUACAGUUACCGCAUCAGCCACCCACCCCAAAUCACUUAGACAAACCCUCUAACCCAAACCAACUGUGGCACAAGAAACAAAUGAAAACAAUUUAAUAGG